GGAAUUCAUAGAAAGAUGCUUUGACUUUGUCCAACAGCAGUUCAAUCAAUGCACAGGCCAUUUCUUGUAUAUGGUGAUGAGAGAGAACUCCACACGGACCACACACACAUAUGGAUAUGGGGUUUGUUUCAGUGUUGCAGAAAAUUGUGUAUCCAUGCCCUUCUUCAUUCAUCAAAGUAUGGUCUGUGGUGAAUCUUGUUUCAAUGGCUCAUCUUGCUAUCUCAGAAGCAAGAGGUAAACACCUGCAGUACUCCAAAUUCUGGAAUGUUGGUUCUGGGAAGUCUAAAACAAAGCAGAUCAAUCUCUCUGCUAGAACUGGGAUGCUAAUGAUUUACACACCAGCAUUUCUAGUCAGUGCUGCUUCUUUAGGGCUUUUUCAACAAGAGGGUCUCAGGUUUCUGCUGCUGGGUUCAGCUCUGGCUCUUCACUUCUUCAAGAGAAUCUUUGAGGUGAUGUAUGUACACAAAUAUAGCAGCUCCAUGGUUCUUGAAUCUGUGUUGACUAUAAGUCUGGGUUAUGCCAUACCCAGUGGAUCCAUGCUCUAUUUGCAACAUCUCGCUCAAGGAUUUCCAGAGCCACAGGUUGAUUUGAAGUGUUAUGGGAUUGUGUUGUUUCUGCUAGGAAUAUCUGGUAACUUCUAUCAUCAUUACCUUCUAUCCAUGUUGAGAACUGAAAGAAAUGACAAAGAAUAUAUGGUUCCAAAGGGUGGCUUGUUUGACCUGGUGAUAUGCCCACACUACCUGUUUGAAAUCUUAAGCUUCUUUGGGAUGUCUUUGAUUGCUCAAACAUUGUAUGCAUAUUGUGUAGCUAUAAGCACCACUUUCUACUUGAUGGGGAGGAGCUAUGCAACAAAAAGAUGGUACAUUUCCAAGUUUGAAGAUUUCCCUAAAAAUGUCAGGGCUCUCAUUCCUUUUGUUUUCUAGGUGCUAGAGUAAGGGAAAUUGUUUUAUAAUCACUCUAGUUGAUGGCCUGCGCCCUGAUGCAGGCAUGAUCUGUGAAGAACAUUGCAAAAAUUUUUAAAGGAAUUUGAUGAAAUAAACAUGUAUCUUUAUCCAAUGUCA